UUCUUAAGGCAGAGAGGGCAGAGGCAGACGCGCAGUUGGCAAUGUGCUUAUGACACACACACACACACACACAAACACACAUUAUCCGCUGCAUCUUCACGCAGCCUUUCACUUUUGUCGCUCUUCCCUUCCCCUCCCCUUCUCUGUCCACCCUUAGCGGAGUUUAACAGCGUUUACCUCCGGCUGACCUCCAGUGUUGGGAUCUGUAUCUACAGUAUUUUGUCUGCUGCUGCUGCAAAAGUUUGUGUUUGCUGGGAGAAGGGGUCAAGGCGAAGGGGAGCCGGUGCGGCUUUACCGGGAAAGGGUGCUGUGCUUCAAAAAGGAACCACAUCUAAACUGAAGGAAAUACAUUGUUCAGAACAUUGGGAAGAUCCCCUUUUAAGAGUUGAUUUCCUUCCGAAAGUGGGUGGCUGUGGAAAAAUGAAGCUGAGUCUUGCAAUAUUUCUGUCUUUCAUUUUACAGACUGGGAUUUGCUCUGGAAUAAAAUGGCUAGCUUUGUCCAAGACUCCCUCCGUCCUUGCUCUGAAUCAGACCCAGCACUGCAAGCAGCUAGAAGGCCUGGUCGUGUCCCAAGUGCAACUCUGCCGCAGCAACCUGGAGCUCAUGCAAACCAUCAUCCAGGCCGCCCGGGAAGUGAUAAAGUCGUGCCGCAGAACUUUCGCCGACAUGCGGUGGAACUGCUCCUCCAUUGAGCUGGCACCCAACUACCUGCUGGAUUUGGAGAGAGGUACAAGGGAGUCAGCAUUUGUGUAUGCCCUCUCUGCUGCAACCAUCAGCCACACCAUCGCCAGGGCCUGCACCACCGGGGACCUCCCUGGCUGCUCCUGCGGUCCCAUCCCAGGUGAGACACCUGGACCUGGGUAUCGAUGGGGAGGAUGUGCUGACAACCUCAACUAUGGUCUUGUCAUGGGGUCCAAAUUUUCAGAUGCUCCCAUGAAGAUGAAAAAAUCAGGAUCACAAGCCCAUAAGCUGAUGCAUCUGCACAACAGUGAAGUAGGGAGACAGGCCCUGAAAGCCUCUCUUGAAAUGAAAUGUAAGUGUCAUGGAGUUUCUGGUUCCUGUUCUAUCAAGACCUGCUGGAAGGGUCUUCAAGAACUGAGAGACAUCGCACAGGACCUCAAAAACAAGUACUUGUCAGCCACAAAGGUGGUACACCGACCCAUGGGCACACGCAAGCAAUUAGUACCAAAGGAUAUUGACAUCAGGCCGGUUAAAGAGACAGAGCUGAUUUACCUGCAGAGCUCGCCUGACUUCUGCAUGAAGAAUGAAAAAGUGGGAUCACACGGGACACAAGACAGUUUUCCUUUCAAAGAGAACACUUUUAAUAUCUUCUCAAUACGGUGGCCCCAUUCCAGCCCGGCAUGUAACUGAGAGAUAGUGCCUAGUGAGAGAGAUGAGGAGAAAGAAGCAAAAACCAGUUGCUGUUAUCUACAGGAAAUAUAUGUAUGUAGUUUGCAUUUACUACGCAAAGGUGUAUAACAUUCAUUUGGAAAUAUCCCAAACAGGGUUUAUUUGAUAAGUAGGGUCCCAAAGGCAUCUUAAUAUUUUAUUCCUUCUACACUUUAACUUUCAGAAGAUCUCGCUAUUUCCUUCAAGCCUGAUUUUUUGAAGGAACUUGAAAGUGAAUGUAACUAAAAGGAAUUUCAAUGAAGUCCCUCCGCCUGUUUCCCAUCUCCUCCGCACCUACCCACUCUCACUCACUUUUUGGCCUCUUUUCUGGCCAUUAGAACAAGAAAAAUGUUUCCCUUCAGCGGUGCUGCCAGCAGCGCUCCAUGGAGCAACAGACAGGAGGUGUUAUAAUCACACUGCAGCCAGGGCAUCCUCUCCUUUACCUCGCACCCCUCCAUCACACACAGUCCAUCCUGAUGACCGAGCACAUCACACCCCCUUUCCAGCUACAAACUGAGAGAACUCCAACCUGAAGUUUUUUUGGCAGAUAGUUUUUCAGAUCUGCUGGCUAUGUUUAAAAGUGCACGGAGGAGACAGGCACACUUGCAGCUCCCUUGACAAGUAAGGCCUGCAUUCUGUGUUCCCUCUUAUUAUUUUAGAUUGCAUUACAUGAGCUCAUUCCCAAACCCUUAACCCAAGACAUAUUUGCUAAUUGUGCUGCUAACUUUGAGAGUCUAGUGAAAUUAACAAGGCAAAGCAGAAAGAAAGCGGGGGGAAAAGAGAAAUAAAACCAUCCCAUGAUGUACGGUGCUUUUAAAGAAUCUAAUUUUCAUAAAACUCUAAGUGCAGAAUUUAUGAGGAAUCUUUUUUCUAAAUUGGAUCAUUAAUUUUCAAUAUAAAAAGGGGGGAGGGACUUUUCUGGCUCACGUGGAAAAAGACGGGUACCUCAAUGUCCUCUGAAUCAGAACAUGUUUUGAUCAUAUAAAAUGGGAGGUUUAUAGCCCAAGUUCUACUGCGCUGAAUAUUGGAUUUCAUUAUAUACUGUAGGGAACAAUACUGCACUGGCUGACAGGUGGAUGGAGUGAAUAGCCCCGUAGAUCUUUUCUUUCUCUAACUUCUACAGUUAUCUAGUUAUCCCUCCCAUUGCUUACACUAAUCAUGGAGUUUGGGGAGUGGCAGGGGAACCAACUUUCUUUGCAGCAGAGCUGUGUGAAAUGUUUCACUUAGAACUGAGCCCAGGAUUAAUCAAAAGUCUUUCAAUGAAAUCUUAGGCCUUAUUUUGAAUGAACCUGGGAUCAUUUGUAAGUCAAACUGGGCUAUUUUAUGUUUUUAUGUUGAAACUAGACAUGGUGUUGGAUCAAAACCCACAGAAGUCAAACCUCAUUCCAAGCCUGAGAUCCGAACACUCCCAGACCUUUGACGUGUACAAAAUCUGGAGCAGGGUCUGAAUUUUGCAGUUUGAGUCCCUUUCUGUUAACCACUGUCUUGCAAUGGAUCCGUGUUCUUAUCAGUGUAAGACAGAGCACAUCAAUCUAUGAAUCACUGCCACAUUUUUUAUAUAAAAGAAAAAUGGUCUUGAGAGAAAAUAAAUAACCAGAGCAGCUGACACAUGAAGCAGAUCCCCAAAUUUAUCACUGUCAAUAACUAGAACAAGUUGAACCACAGAGAAAGAUGGUUUAAGGUUUCGGGGCGUACUUGUGAGAAAACACUCUAUAACGUCUCUUCAAUGAGGUAUUUCAGAAAAUUCAUCAUCCGUUUCAAAUCAAAGAUAAAUUAUACCAGAUUAUGAAACUGGGAUCCAGUCUGUGGGAAAAGAGGCAAAGGCAUUCCCUUUCUUUAUCAUUAGGGUGCAAUGUAUCAUAUUUCAAAUAUUGGUUUAAGUCCCAUUGGAAAGUGACUGAAAGGGAAAUAUUGCCAGGCACACAGAAGUCUUGUACUGCUAGAAUCCCACAAAGAUUAGUGAGCUGUUUAUUACUGAUCUGUCCCGGAACGGUCUUGGAGCGCAGCGGAUGCCACUUCUCAUUGCUGAGGGCGAGGUUUCUGGGCAGCAGAAAAUCAUUCUGCAGUUUUCUGGAGGCUAACCAGUAGGGCUGGUUGAAUGCUGUAAAACAGGGCCCAGGAGUUCUCUGGAAUUCUGAAUGAGUAGCUGUUUGGUUUGGUCACAUUUGUGUCUCGUGCCAUCCCGCUGUUCAUGAACAUUAGCACAAACAAGGUUUUCUUGUUUGGGGAAUGGCUGUUUCUAGAACAAGCACCAGCAUUUGCGUGUGGACAAGGGUAUUUGUGUGUGAACAGCAGCACUUGCUACUUGUUAUUAAUUAUUUUCCUGCUUAAGCUGUUUCAGUCAUCCAGCCAGGAAGCAGAAAGGAUGUAAUGAGGACCAAUCAUUCACAACUAAUAAUCGCACCAUACUACUUGUCCCUCUAACAUGCUUAUAACUUGUAUUAAUCAUUUAUUAAACUUUUUAGAAACAUAUCAUGCGUUUAUAUAUAUAAACUUUUCAUAAAGCGUGACCCAGUGAAUACCCAUACUUAUUUUGCAAACGUCCCAGAGGCUGAAAUUUGAUUGUAUAAGCCAGGGCAGAAUUUGAAAAAUAUAAAAGUAGUGAUACGCUCCCAAACUCUACCAAGUUCAGCCUACCUGAGACAUCACUCACAAUAGACGGUUAAGAUGUUCAGAUUAUGAACAUAUGUGCUUUACUGGGUUCAUUGGGCUUGGUUCUGCCUUGGGGGUUUGGAUACACCUCACUCAGUGGAACUGGGAUGCCCUCUGGGCUCUGCUAUGAAUUAUUCAGCAAAUACUUUGCAAAUAAUGAAUAUAUUGGCGCCAAAAAGAGUAAGUUCACAAACAGGGAAAAUACACUGGGUAUCGUAUUCGUGAUGAAUAGUUAGUCCAGUUCUGCUAAAUACAUUCAGUAGUUCUCUGCAUCCCACCAGUAGCAUGGUGACAGGCUCUGUUCAUUCAUACAGUGUUACAUGGGUUCAUGGUGUCUUAGAAGAAUUUAAGUAGACAGAACCCUGUGUCAGAAAUCAGACCUUGCAGCAGAGCCAGUGUCGAGCAUCCCAAUGGGAACAGCUGGCCUGUAGCAGGUUGCCUGAUUGGCUACACUGCCUGGCUGGUUGGAAGGGUCAGCCACAGACUGGCUCAUAAGCCCAGCAGUUGUUCUUGUUGUUCAGGGCUGCUCAAAGCAUUCGUGUGAUAGCUCCAGUGCCUGCUUGUUCCCAGCCUUGCCUCACUGCAGGUAACCCGGUUCUGACCCUUGGCUCUAAGUCCUGACAUCUGACCUCUUGCUCUGACCCUUGGCUCCAGUCUCUGAUUCUGGCUCUGGCAUUUGGUCUCUGACCCUGGCUCUGAAACUGGGUUGUGGUUCCUGGCUGCUGACUCCCAUUCUACCCUCUAGGCCUGACUCUUGCUCCAACCACUAGGCCUGACCAUCCACAUCCCAGUCACCUGUCACCCAGCCCUGCAAGGCUUACAUCGUAGGGAUCCCUUCCUGGUUUGCUGUACAUCUUACCAGACUGCAUUUGUUUUCACUUCUUCUAAAGGAUGGGAGAAUUAGCUGGCUCCUUUCUCUCUCUCUCUCUCUCUGACUCUCUAUCAAUUUGAUACUACCACUCAUCACUGCAAUCUGAGUGCCUUCCUCAUAAAAUUAAGAGCAAUGGCAAAGGCCUUUGAGCACUCCUAUUCUACUGCCAACACAAUGGUCAGUUAUGUCCAUAUUGCUGAUGAUGGAUCAUAUAAGGCACAGAGAAAUCUCAGCUGGAACUAGAAAAAUCUGCCUGUAUAACCUGUAGACUGAACUGAUGUGAGUUGGGCUCCUUUAGAGAUGAUAAACAUGACAGCUCACAAUACUGUUCUUAUAUCAUUUAUAUUACUACAGUUCUCAGUUGCCCAUAUUACUACAGUUCUCAGUUGCCCUAGUCAUGGACCAGGACCCCACUGUGUGAGGUGCUGUACAAACUAAGUUACCCCAUUUUGUUUCUACUUCAUAGAAUAUCAGGGUUGGAAGGGACCUCAGGAGGUCAUCUAGUCCAACCCCCUGCUCAAAGCAGAACCAAUCCCUAGACAGAUUUUUGCCCCAGAUCCCUAAACGUCCCCCUUGAGGAUUGAACUCACAACCCUGGGUUUAAUAGGCCAAUGCUCAAACCACUGGGGUGGUUCCCAAUUAUUUCGGAUAGCUUAGCAGUUAGAGCACUCACUUGGGAUGUUGGAAACCCAGGUGUUCAGAUCUCCACUCUGCCUAAUUUAGAGCAGGGAUUUGAACCCGUAUGUCCCACCUGCUGGCUAAUCAUUAGGCUAUAGGGUGGUUGAGUCAAGGCUUAGAUCUUCAAAGCUGCCUAGGUGAUUGAGACACAUAGUGCCUAUUAUAUUUUUAUGGGAAUUGUGUAUCUAAAUCCCAUAUAUGGUUUUGAAAAUCUCAACCCAAAUGUCUUCCUCCCCACCCUCUGCCCCUUCCUCCGCUCCCUCCAAUGUCACAGUAGUACUAAAAGUAAGAGAAACAAAUUGUCUUGUGGAAUUAUCUUGCAAGGGCUCUUUGGCCUCUGGCUUUGGCCUGAUGUAUAAAAUAACAAUUUAUAUCAUAUUAAACAUCUGUAUUAUUUCCAGUCCAUUAUGAACUAGAACAGCUCCUUCCAGCACUCAUGAAAAUAUGGAGUUAUACAAUUUUAAAAAAACGGUGACAUGAUUUUAAGUUUCCUGUUUCCUGUGUGAUACGUCAUCGGAAACUAGCAUAGAGCAGUGCCUAGAGCACCAUCCCGCAGAUUCAUAUCUACACAAAAGGACACGAUAGCUCCCAACAAGUUAUUCUAAGUCUUGUGACACAAGAUGAGUAACUUCAUGAUGCAGGACAAUGGGCCAUCAGGCCAUGAUUUGAUUUGACUUAGAAGAGCUUGCUCAAGUUCUCACUGGACUAGCAUGUAUAAUAAGAGUAAUAAUCUUUUAUAUCAUUUAUAUAGUACCUUUCAUCCCCAAGUGCUUUGAAGAAGUUGGGCUACACGCUACAGACUCUCUGCAGCCUGGGGCAGAGAGCAGCAAGGUGUGGCUAAAAAAGAUGCAUACCCACAACUAGGAGGAGAGCUGAAGCUCUGAUGCAUUCUCUACCCUGGGCCCUAGACACUGUAGAAGCCCUUCUACCUGGUCAGGGUUCCAUGGUUUGAGGAGUGGGUGAGAGUGGCUAGGAGUGGGUGGAGCUAGACGCAGCUGCUUUCCAUCUCAUGCUCCCCUCUGGCAUGGCUGGAUUUCUAACUGGGAAUCUGAGUGCAAGAUCAGCAGGGACUCCUUGAAGGAGCUACAAUCCCUCCUUUGCGGCAAGACCACUAGUAGGGAAUACAUGGCAGCCUAGCUCUUGAGGGAGCUCUGGUAGAGCAUUUGGUCUUUACACUAAUGGUCUUUUCCCCUGGGCGUGGUCUGGGAUUCACACAGAUCUUGGACCAUCAGGGAGUUGACAUGGUGGAACCACCUGCCAGUUCCACAGGGGGCCCAGAGUGAAUGGUUCAGAGGAUUCUCCAUGUGUUUGUGCUUGUGGCAUUUCUUAGCCUAUGCUGUCUGUGGGAAGACUCACGUAGGUAUAACCUGUGACCCUGUGGGUUCAAGAGUCUCUUAGGUCGUCACUGCAAUACAGUCACUUCUGGGACGCGAUGGAGCUGUUCUGAACCAAGGACUACUACACAACAGUAGCCACAGACGUAAAGAGCACUGUUGGGAAAAUUUAGCUGGGCAGAGUGUGAGUGAAAUUUGGCUAGGCUACUGGCUAACCUCCCCUCUCGUUGCAAAAAAUGUCACGGCGUCUUUAAGGAGCACAGUUGGGUCUGGGGCUCAGCCACCCCGGCCCUUUAAACCGCUGCCGGAGCCCCUGGCUGUCGCUGCUACCCCAGGGCUCCGGGGGCUAUUUAAGGGGCGCUUGUUUUAUGUCUCAUUGGAGGUGGCUGGUACAUUAUUUUCUAUUGUUUUUGCAAAUAUUUCUAGGAAUUACAGUGCUAGGUUCGAAACCAAUGGGCCAGAUUCUCACUUGCAGUGGAAUUGCACUGGUGUCAAUGGAAUUGCACUGGAUUUACACAAGUACAAAUAAGGCUCAGUCUAGCCAGGUGGGAUUAGAACCAGGCUCCGUGACAAGCCAACAUCAAAGGAUUGUUCCUGUAUAUAAAAUAUGAUUUGUCUGCUAAUUUGGACAAACUUGUAGGUCCUGUCCCUGCUCGUCUUUAGCUACUCAUACACAUAGGUCCGGAAGAAAUACUAUAGGUACCAGCAGCUGUUUCAGUCUGUAAAAAGAUUUGGGUAUUAUUCACCGAAUCCCAACACUUACAACAGAGACCGAGAUAGUUGUUUAAUGGUAUUGACACAAAAUUGUUCAAAAAGCAUGUUUGGGGCAGAGGUGGCCUUAACAGGCUGAGGUUUUGCGAAAUCAAAAUCAGAAUGAUUCAGCUCUGAGCUCUUUGAUCCAAAAUGACAAAAUGAAGGGAAGAUUGGCAUUCUCUUAUAAUGUGUUCUUUUCCCCUCUCUCUAUGUGAGGCCAAGUGGGGUGAAUUUAGUUUUGGGAAACCCUAACUCUACAGGCAGUACAGGAUUGGAUUCCAUUUGUAUCCAAACCUUCAGUCUUUUGGUGGGAAGAAAGGAGGAGGGGGAAGAUUUUAGAUAAAUGGUACCUGUUUUGCUCCAUGUCUAGUUUGGGGGUAACUUUGAUCAUAAUGUGCUAAAUAUAUCUCACUACAGAGCCAUAUGAGUGUCCCUAUAAGACACAGUGUCCCUGACACUAUACUAGGGUAUUGGUUCCAUAACGACUCAGAGGAAAGAGUGACAUCAAAUCAUCCAUGCCACUUCCUGAAGCAGCUGUGUGUGUCUUGGAGAGCCCCAUCUAAGUACUAGCCCCACCCAAUUCUGCUUAGCUCCCGCUGAAUUGUACAAGAUGGCAUGGAUGCAUCGCAUACCCAAACAUGUUAAUUUUAUGGCCUGUUAUGAACUCAUGAGCCUUGCAAAAUGAAUCCAGUGGCUUCAACCUUCCCAACCUCCGUCAAAGCUGACUAAGCCUUUAAAGCCCCUCCAUAAUGUUAAUAUUUAUGUAUUUGAACCUUUGCUCUAAAUAUUUAACGUAUUGACUAAUAUGUUUAUGAGGAGUCAUUCUGAGGUUUCCUGUUGGAGGGGGCGCAGGGUCACAGGCGUAUACGACACUGCCGCUCGUUCAACGUUAGGUAAACACACACAGUGUGGUUAUGGACUGAGCUUUUGACUGUUGGUCAUAACAAUUAUGAGCGGGUUUUGGUUAACCUACCAGAGGUUUGUAGAUAUGUACCCGCACUCCCAAGGUGGGGGAAUGAGUGGGGAAACUUUAAAAAUGGAACCUGGCCAUGAAUGGAGGUCAGAAAUAACCAACAGAAGGUCGUACCGAGUCAGAAAUAAAUAAGGGAAGAACAAGAACAAAAUUCCCAGCACUUCAUUAAUCCUAUAACGUCUCAUAAAGCAUUACCUCAUGAGGAAUUCCUAUAAAUCACUUGGCUUCAUUUCCAGCUGUUAAUGGCGUGCUCAGCACAGGAGUCCAAUUCUCCCUCCUCACUCUCCCUUCUCCUCUCUCCCACCUCCCCCCGAUCUGAUGUAAAAAUACUUCUGGCCAAAAUAACCUAAGCAAAAUGUGAUUUAGAAACGAUGUCUGAGCAGUUUCCUAGGGAAAUGCUUCUCACUUGAUAUUAGCGUCUAGAGGCCACAGCUAAGUCUGGGGUCUGGUUGUGCUGGGUGCUCUAAGUACACGUAGUCAGAGUCUCUCCCCUAAAGAGCUUACAUUCUAAGUACUCAAGAAGCAUUAUUGGUAUUGUGCAGAUGAGAACCAGAGUCAGAGCGAGAUUAAGAAACUUGUCCAAGGUCACACAGGGAAUCUGUAGCAGAGACAGGAGUUGAACUCAAAGUUUUUGAGUGGCCAGCUAGUAUUUUAGCCAUAAGACCAGCUUUCCCCAUAUGCUGGUUUUAUUCACCAUGGUGCUUUCUCACUGCAGUGUUUGAUGCCAGCCUCAGAGCCAGGCAAAACUUGCACCGCUUUACCAGGUGGACAUGAACUUCCCACUACCCACAUUUCAAAAGUGACUAAUGAUGUUUGCAUGCCCAACUCGAGACACCUUAAGGGGUGGGGGCUGGUUUUCAGGAAAGGCUGGGCAUCUACCCUCAGAAAAUCAGGCCCUUUUAAAGGUGUGUCAAGGUGACACCCAAAAUCACCAGUUACUUUUGAAAAUUUAAGCCAGCAUUGUGAAAUUAUUCCAGCUGACAACCCCAGAGAACCAUACAGAAGUACAGACUGACUCUCAAGAGGAUGGGUUUAAUUAAAA